CGUGUCAUUCACCUAAGUUUAAGACUAUCACUUUUCACUAUAAAAGCACCACAAUUUUUUCAUAAAACAAAUCUUCUUCUUCUUCACUUCCGCCGACGCCAACGUAUCGCUGCUUGCAACAACAAAGAUGAUCCAUCCCAUGAUGAACAAUCCAAUGCUUGGCCCGUAUCCUGUGACGCUCCAGUGCAACACCUGUGGCGCAGAAGGUCUAACGAGGGUCGUGAAGGAUCCAAACAAUAUGUUCACCAUAGGAUGUGUCGUGAUAACUCUGCUCGGCGGCUUCUGUCUUACUCCUCUUCUCUGCUGCUGGACCUCGGCCUUCGACUAUAGCCAUCACUGCUCGGUAUGCGGAACUUUGUUGGGCGUCAACAAACAUUAA